AUGACUGAUAGCGUCAAUUUAGAUAGCCUGCGAAAGAACAUCGCCCUGCUCAAGCUGCGUUUCGUCAAGACUAAAUUCUUCGAGACAGAGAGUAUUAAUAUCAGCAGAGUAGGCGUCGAUGCCAUCCAAGCUUUCCUUCAGGCCACAAACAGGCCACCACGUCCCACUGAAAAUCGAACCGACAAGAGCGUGAUAUCAGUUGAUAAUCGACUGGAGACGGUGAAACAUGGAUCCCAGGGGGUGUCUCUGUGCGCUCCUGGAAGCAAUACCCACUGGGAUCAUUCCGCACACAUCAUCGAGUUUAUCAAAACAUUUGUGGAACACAUAGAGCCUGCAUAUGUCGGCACUGAAGGUGGUAAGGUGGUAUCAUCCAUGAAAACUCUUCUCACGAGCCUUGAAAAUCCUAAACACUUGGUCAUUCCAAAAGCCAUGGCUCCAGCACCAGAAGGUAACUCUGAGAUGCCACCAUUGGCUGCUUCAGUGGACAUACUGCGUUGGGCUCAAGCCCAUCAGACCAAUGCAACUGUGUCUCGGAUGUCGCAUGUACUUCCUCUUGACCGAUUCGCCGACAUUUGUCGGAAGGUUUAUUUUGCAGUCGACGAUUUCAACGAAAUAGAUUUUAUUCUUUCUAAUGGGUAUAUGUACUACAUCUUCUACGAGCAUGCGGCUGGGUCUGGACGGGAAGACUACAUGGAAUACGGUAAGCUUUGUGAAAGGAACAUGUUCAAGGCUUUCCAGAGACUCCCACUUCUUUUGCCGUCAUCCAUGGAAGUUAUAGCUGCGCUGAUGCUUGGGGCGUUCAAUGCUGUUGAAAACUCCAAGGCCUCGCUAGCUUGGAGCUUUAUAUCCGUUGCAUCAACUCAGUGUCAAACUCUUGGUUACCACCGUAGCCCACCAGGCCGAUCUCGAGGAACAAUAAAUCCUGAUCGAGCUUCUCAGGAACGACUGUUCUGGUCGGUUUAUAGGCUUGAUAAAGGGCUAUCUCUUCGCUUUGGUCGGGCACCGAAUAUCCUUGACACUGAGAUAACACUGCCCUUCGAGCAAAAUUUACCGAGACCCGUUCGAGUGGCAAGGAUUCAAGGUAACGUGUAUGAGCAGCUGUAUAGCCCAGCGGCCAUUUCUGUUGCAAACAACAGUACGCGGAUCCAUCACGCGGAGCAGCUUGCUGAGCAACUGCGAAGUUUGAUUGCGGAAACAUAUACCGAACUUAAUGCCGUGGAGGCAAGUGAUGAACGUGGUGUAUUGUUGGACCCAUUGCGGGACUAUCAUCUGCAGUGCGACUUGGUCUGCUUAACUUCGUUAUUGACACUCAUUCUACGUGCCGUACCUCUUCCCCUGGGAUCUUUGGAUGGCUCAAUAAACAACUACGUAGCUGCUGCUCGCGAGGUAUUCGAUAUUCACCACAAAUGCAUUACAGGCAUAAAGAAACGUGGAAUUGGCUGCUCUAUGAACAGAAAGUAUAUUAACUGGGCAAUUGUAAACACGCCGUUUGUUCCGUUCACCAUCCUAUUCACGCGCGUGAUCCAGUUUCACGAUGUGGCUGAUUUGGAUCGAUUGAAACGCUUCACAGAUUCUCUAUGUCCUCCAACUGGAUCAGAAUCUAUAACACAUCCCCAUCAACUCUACGAUCUACUUUGCCAGGCCGCGCAGCUCUAUAUGAGAACCAAUGCUCUUUAUCCAUCCGAAAUCCUCCCCUCACUCAACGAGGAUCCUUUGCAAGCUGCGCAAGCGAGCUUGGUGGAUAAUAGCAUCGAGAUGGUGAUGGAGCAUGCAAAGGGUUUUGAAGAGAGCAUUUCUAAUUUUGAUAACUUGGACGACUGGUUUCAAGGGAAUCAACAACUUAUGAGUCUGCUUGAUGAAAAUGUACCUUUUUGA